CGAGCAGCGCGGGAGGGGACGGUUCAUCAUUCAUUCAUUCAUUCAUCCCAAUCCAGGUGGAGAGAGGCCCCGGGUGCGCGAUGGAGAAAUACCACGUGUUGGAGAUGAUCGGAGAGGGAUCCUACGGAAAAGUCUACAAGGGCCGGCGGAAAUACAGUGCCCAGGUGGUGGCCCUCAAAUUCAUCCCCAAACUGGGUCGCUCUCCCAAGGACCUCUGGAACCUGCAGCAGGAGAUGGAGAUCAUGCAAGGCCUGAGGCAUCCCAACAUCAUCCACCUGCUCGACAGCUUCGAGACGGACAGGGAGGUGGUGGUGGUGACGGACUACGCCGAGGGAGAGCUUUUCCAGAUCCUGGAGGACGAUGGGAAACUCCCGGAAAACCAGGGGGAGCAGGCCGGACGGGACGCAGCGGUCACCGUGGCCAGGGCGCUGGCCGUCGUCUGCACGGUCCCCAUUGGGCGGCCCUUCUGCCAGAAGACCAAGAAGCAGGUCUGCAGCCACUUGGCCCAGCUGCUCGCCCAGGCCAGCGGUCAGCGAUGGGCCGGCUUCCUGUCGGGCCUGGGGGACCCCAGCCUCUGUCUGCACAUUCUGCAGGUCCUGUACGGGUGCUGCCAUGUCAGCGAGGAGCUGUGCCACCGACUGGAGCGCGAGGCCGAAGCCCUGGAGCGGCUGCUGUGCCUGCUGGCACCCGGGGAGGUGCCCGCGUGGGAGGCGGAGCAGACGGCCGAAGUCUCCCUGCACCUCCUGUCCCUCCUCCUGCUGCGCCUUCCUGCGCCAUCUCCAAGGCUGGAGCAGCUGGAGAGCCGAGCGACCUCUCUGUUCCUCUCCUCACCCCUCGUCCCGCUGGUGGGGGCUGCCGCGGGAAUCCUGGCCCAGCUGAGGGGGCAGGGGCCGGUCCGCACCCCCUUGCCGGAGGAGUGGAAGACGGCCGCCACCUACGCCCUUUCGGCCCCCGCGGAGCUGCACGUGACCCCGCCCGACCUGUCCGGCUUCUUCGACGGCCUUCUCCUCCUGCUGCUGCAGCUGGUCUCUGAGGGAGAGGCGGGAACGCUGCGGGACUUCCCGGGAUCGGAGCUGUGGAAGGCCCUGUGGCACCGCCUGUCCGUCACCCUGCAGCUGCCCCCCGAACCGUCCACCCUGGACGCUGACCCGCCGCCCCCCGGACCACCCGACUGGACCCUCAUCUCGCCUCAAGGCCUGGUGACGGUGCUAAACAUUGCGCUGUGCGUCUUCACCAAAGAGACGUCGCUCUGCCUGCGCGUCCUCUCUGAGCCCCACGGCCACGUCCUCGCCUUCCUCAGCCACCUGUUGGAUCCCGCCUUCCUCCUGCAGCUGGCUCGGGGGCCCCAGGGGUCGGCGGCGCUUCCCCCCGUGGUGCUCACCGUGUGCCGGAUCCUCUGCGUCCCCUUCGCCCUGGACGAGGACGGCAGCGGUCACCUGGGCGGCCUCCUGGCCGGCCUCAACAGUUGGCACGUCGCGGCCCACCUGUUGCAGGUGUGCUGCGACCACCUCCCGCUGUCCCGGACGGGUCUCCCCGUGAGCCUGCUGACCCGCCUGGCCCUGAGCGACGGGGCGUCCCUCCAGCAGUUCGUGGCGGCGGCCUCCACCCUCCCGGCCUCCCGGUCCUUCCUGCGGGCCGCUCUGCUGGGCGACCAAGCCCCGCUGACCUCCGACCUCCUCUCGCUGCUGGCCCAGGCGGCUCGCCCGCCGGCCCCGGGCAACCCGGCCUUCCUGCAGGCCCUCCUGGCCGGGCCCGGGCGCACCUACGGGCCCCUGCGCCGGCUCCUGGGCCACCGGGCCUCUCCGGUGCGGGCAAGGGCCUGCGUGCUGCUGGGCCUCGUGGUCCGCCACGGCGGGCCCGUGCUCCGCGCCCUGGGCGAGCCCCGCGGGCUCCUCGGCCCGCUCCUGCGGGCGCUGGAGGCCCCGGACCCCGGCCUGCGUGGCAGUGCCACCUUCGCCCUGGGCCGUGCCGCCCACCGAGCGGGGCCCCUGGCCCCCAGCCUGGCACCGGCCGUGCCGGGCCUGACCCGCCUGCUGGGCGACCCGCAGGCCCCGACCCGGCGCCGCGCGGCCUCGGCCCUGGGCCGCCUGGGGCCCGAGGGGCUCGGGGGGCACCUGCUACACUGCCGGGCCCCGCACAGGCUGCUGGAGGUCGCCUGCGGGGACCCCCAGCCCUCCGUGCGAGAGGCCGCCCUCCUCGCCCUCCGGGGCCUCGGCCGGGACCCCGCCAUCCUGCAGGUGCUGGCGUCCGCGGGGGCCAUGGAGAAGCUGACCGCUCUGGGCCUAAACAACGCCUGUUCUCAGUCCACCGUGGCCAAGCACUGCAGAAAGUUGCUGUUCCUCCUGAGGGCCGCCCCGCAGCUCACAAACCCACCCGGAGCCCUUCCUCCAGUUUCCGCAGGCCUCGGGUGCAAAUUCCACAGUUCCUCCGUACUCCCGUCCACCCCGGAGGGAGGGAAGAAGGAGGGAUGAGGCCCUUGCUCGGCCCGCCGGGCGAGACGGCGGCCGAGACUACAUUUCCCAGCGUGCACCUCUGCCCGCCGGCGGCCCACCGACUUCCGGUCCCUGGUCUUCCCGCGAGGCCUGCCGGGAGUUGUAGUCCUGCCGCCGCCGCCAUCUUGGCGACGCCUCUGCGUCCGGUCCCCCGCCCCGCCAGCGCCCCCCGCUGGCGGCCCGGGCGUUGGGCGGGGGCUGGCGCAGGCGCAGCCCCCGCCGAGGACUAUGGCACCCGAGACCUCAGGAGCCCCGCGGCCCGGGACCCCCCGCCGCCGGCCGUGA